CCGCCCCCUCCCCGCAUCCCUGGCCGGUGCUGCUUCGUGGCCCGGGCUUGGUCUUCUCCGCGCAGCAGCCAAAGAGCGCAGGAAGAAGUCCUUGCUUUCCGUGGAGGGCCAAGCGAGGCUUGAAGAGACCCCUCUCUCUCUCUCUCUCUCUCCCCGCCCAGCGGUUUGAAGGUGGGUCGCCGCAUCAGGAAGGCGAAGGAGGAAAGAGCCGGCGGAGCAUCCCCGCGGGGACUCUGUUUUGAAGAUGUUCCAAUUUGGCUCAAGACUCCUGUUCCUGCCCAUCCUUCUUGGAGUGGUGAAUGCUGCUCCUGCUUUAGAAGGUGAUGGAGAAGAGCAGCCGAAUGAGGAGAUUGUCGUAACCUUUCCCAGGGAUGAAGCCAGUCUGAAUGAAAUGUUCCGAGAAGUGGAAGAGCUGAUGGAGGAUACUCAGUAUAAGCUGAGCAAUGCCGUCAAAGAGAUGGAGGCAGAGGAAGAAGGCACUAAAAGGCUAACAGAAAUUGAUUUUGAAAAGUUGCCUGCGAACUACCACAAUGAGUCCCACAGAGAUACAAAAAUUGGAAAUAAAACCAUACAUACUCACCAAGAAAUUGAUACGGCAACUAAUGAUAAAACAGGAUCUACAAGCUAUUCAGAAACAGUUAUUACAUCAAUACAAGGAGGAGAUAACAAGAGGAAUCAUGAAUGCAUUAUUGAUGAAGACUGUGUAAAUGGAAAAUACUGUGAAUUCUCAGGUUUAGAAUACAAGUGUCGUGAUUGCAAAAUUGAGCACAAACGUUGUUCACGAGAUGUGGAGUGUUGUGGUCACCAACUCUGUGUCUGGGGAGAAUGCAUGAAAACUGCCUCCAGAGGAGAAAAUGGAACCAUUUGUGAAAACCAGCAUGACUGCAAUCCUGGAAUGUGUUGUGCAUUUUCAAAAGAUCUUCUGUUCCCUGUGUGCACUCCACUAGCUGGAGAGAGAGAGCCUUGCUAUGACCCUUCAAACAUGCUUCUUAACCUUAUUACAUGGGAGCUAGAGCCGGCUGGAGCCCUUGAUCGUUGUCCGUGUUCCCAUGGAUUCAUCUGUCAGAUUCAGAGUCUUAGCAGCGAUUCUCUUUGUGAACGAUCCUUUAACAAGACCCAAAGUGAGGAUGAGAAGCCUUUGGUAGAAGAUGGAAUAUCACUUCUGGAUUUUAUAACUGAAGACAUUCCUGGUGACUAUGAAGCAAGACUAAUCAAAGAAGUGCAGGGAGGUUUGGAGGAAGAGGCAACUGACUCAAAGGAAUUGGAUAUAGCUAGUGACCUUUUUGGAGAUGAAAUGUAAAUUAAUGAAGUAAAUUAAUUUGGCGUUCACACAGCUUUCUCAGCCAAGAUGGUUUAUUGUUUUAGAUCUUCAAACAAGCCACACAUACCACCCCUUUUCUGUGUUGGAUAGAAGUGCAAUAAUUGAGAAUAUAUUUUACAUAGUUAUUGUCCUCUGUCCUCCAUGAUCAGAUGUUUCUUUUUCUUACAAAUCCAAAUUAUGCAUCAAAACAUCAAACAUUUGCUUUGGUUUUUUAACAGAAAAAGACUGGAAUUAUGUAUCAGUUUAAGCUUAACUAAUUACUGAACUAAGUAACAUGUGUCUCAGCACACCAAAACUUGAUAGAGACAUCAUUCAACUAUUCUCAGAUUGUCUGCAGAAUGGCUCUUCUUUUCCCCAUCCAGCUGAUGCCUGGAAAGUAAGUCGGGCGAUCAAGCUAAGAUUGUGGCAAUAUGUUAACAUUUUUGACAAAAUAGUGAUCAAUCUCUGUCGUAACUCCCCGCCUCCAGCCUAGUUAAUGGACAUCAACUGCAUGGAGAGAAAUAGGUCCAUCCCCCUAACAAUCAGAACAUGGUGGCAUUUUUCUUUUAGUCAUUUUUUGGGGGGUGAGCCAGGACAAUUUACCUUCAGUAGUUAAAUGCAAGGUGAUGCAGAAUUCUCACCAAAUUCUUGAGCACUAAGCUUGCUAAUUAAGACAUUAAGUUUAUUUAAGAUUAUUAGUUGUGUUUUGAGCUCAACAUUUUCUGUAUAUAUUGAUUGUUCUUUAAAAAAAAUCUCUGAGAAAGAAUUUUGAUUUUCUGUUUAUGACUGGACAUGUUUUUCUAAUUACGUAUUCUUUUCCCUUAAAAUAUAAUCUGUGGACUUGCAAUAAA